AUGUCUCGCGUUUCGCCUGAACCGAACCCUAUACAAUUGCAGCCAACACCAUCUUUCAUUUCAAAUAAAACGAAUACGACUAUGGUUUAUCAUAAUGUCGAAUCAACGGCAGAACAAACACCUGCGGUUGUGACAAAGACACUGACACCAAAUGGAAUUUCAACCAUUUCAUCUAUAGUAAAAGGUGCGUUUAUUCGGCCUAAAUGGAUGACAAACAAAAUUAUAGCAGGGAUUAUUACCUGUACUGUUGCUGCUUUACUUGUCAUUAUUAUUCCCAUAGCGGUGAAAUUCAGUGGACGAGGAGGAUCCAUCGCAUCAACGACCAUCAUCGCACUUCCGGUUGUCUCUGCCUAUUGGGCAUUCGAUAAUAACGGAAAUGAACUCUAUGGCGGAUAUCCUGGCUCCCUGGUUGGUAGCGCCUCGUAUCAGUCUGGAUAUACGUAUUUUGGUGUUGGUUACGGCCUCUACAUGUCUACGUCGAAUAGCUAUUUCUCGGUGUCAAACUAUUUCAAUUUAUCCUACCAAAGUUUCACGGUCGAUGCGUGGAUCUACCCGUAUAACAUUGCUGGGGAUAAUCCGAUAUUUAGCCAGUGUACCUGUAGUUCGUGCACGAGUCAAUGUCUGUUCCUGAUACUUCGCACUGGAAAAUUAUAUAUGGGCUUUACAUACAAUGAUUUAACUGGUACUACAACACUAACUGCGAGCAAAUGGUAUCACAUUGCAUUCGUAUAUAACUACCAAACCUCUCAACAACUCAUCUACGUCGAUGGUGUUCUGGACGCCAGUCGAUCGGGCGUUACAACGCCCUAUUUAGGACAAAAUGGUUCGAUUACGAUGGGUUAUUCUAUGCUGUUUGGUACGUCGGCCUACUACUAUUAUGCCAUUGAUAAUCUAGCACUAACGACACGUGCCAAAAGUUCAUCAGAACUGCUGACUACCGCCACACUUAUUUUCUACUUUUCGUUCGAUCUACCUUCGCCUUACUAUGAUAACGGACCUAAUGGACUGAAUAGCACUAAUUACGCAGGUUUAUCAUCCGUCAGCGGACGGGUGAAUCAGGGUAUUCAGCUGACGACAAGCACAUCGUUUUUUCAAAUGUACGGCUUUUACGGUAUUGGCUUGCUUAGUAAUUCCCCGUUUACGUUUGCCGUGUGGAUCAAUCCAACGUCGAUCAACGGCGGCAUCAUUGUACAUAUAUCGUCGACCCAAAACGGUUAUUGGUCUCAGCAAGAUAUAUUGUCAUUAACGUACAGCGGUCAAAUAAUGACGCAGAUCCAAUCGAGCAAUUCAUAUUAUCCGUCGGUUAUCGGUCCGUUCAUUUCGCUAAAUACGUGGACACAUGUUGCCUGUACGUUUAGCACGACACUUGGUCUAACACUCUACGUGAAUGGAAAUUCUAAGGGUUCCUCGGGUGCCAUAAGUGCGUAUAGUAAUAGUGGCGGCAUUAUGUACGUAACAUUAGGAUAUAACUUCGGCCAAACUGUGACAAAUAUUGCCAGCCUUCCAUUCCAAGGUGCUUUCGAUGAGUUUUAUACAUACAAGCGUGAGCUAAGCGCAUCUGAAGUUUCAUCACUGGCCAAUCCGUAG